AUGGUCCGAGUAUCUACGAUCGCUGGCGCAGCCAUAUUGGUGGUUUCGGCAUCUUGCCUGCAUGUCAUUUCGCCCUCGAGCGGCUCGGAGCUUGAUCUCUCCGGAACGACAAAGGUCGAAUGGUCGUCCUCUGAUUCUGACCCAUCCACCUUCAACCUCUAUCUGCUGAACAAAGACAUAGUCCCCAGCAUCAACCUCAAGAUCGCAUCGAACCUUACCACGUCCGACGAGGAGUACACCUUUGAUGGCGUCGAUGUUCUGCCGGGCUCCGGAUACAUAUUCAACCUAAAAGACGUCUCCACCAACGACAUUCUUGCCCAGUCCGACGAAUUCACCGUCGUCUCCCACGGAGACAACACAACCACUUCAUCUGCUGCGACAACCGCGACCGCAACAAGUACGGACGGCGGAUCUGCGUCAAGCACCGAUGAGCCCAAUGGGGCUGCUACUGGGCUUCCUGUCGCUUGGGGUGUGAUGAGCGUUGUUGUUGGAAUUAUGUGUGCUUUCUGAGGGGAUAUCUGAUUAUUGCGGGUGACCUUUUCGGCGGUCUUGUGUGGUUUCUGGUUUACUUGUUGCUUGCUGUGUUUUGUAUUUGUUUUCC